CCUGGUUCCGCACGUACGAGUCGACACGUGCGACGCCUGCCGGUCGCCGCUUCUGUGUUCCCACUUUAUUCCCACGAAUCCGCACCGGUUCUUCUCGAUCGAUAUAGCCUAUUAGCCUUGAACUCAUGCUCAAGCUUCUGCUUGGCUGAGAGCAGAUCUCAUCAUCUCUCGAGCAUCGCUGCCGAAGAGGGAGCUAAAUGUGGAGGUUUGGCCGUGGAGCCUGGAAUCUCCGGCAGAUGCGGAGGUUUUCCGUUGCCGUUCCCGGCCCAUGCAUCGUUCAGAAGCGUGGGACGGACAUACUGCACGAUCCGUGGUUUAAUAAGGAUACUGGCUUCCCGUUGACGGAAAGAGAUAGAUUAGGGCUUCGUGGCCUCCUUCCACCACGAGUCAUAUCAUUUGAGCAACAGUAUCAACGCUUCAUGAAUUCAUAUCAAUCUUUGGAAUAUAAUACAAGAGACGAAUCGCCCACUGUUGUUGCUUUGGCUAAGUGGAGGAUCCUAAAUAGACUGCAUGACAGAAAUGAGACAUUGUAUUACAGGGUUCUUAUCGACAACAUCAAAGAUUUUGCUCCCGUAAUAUAUACUCCAACUGUAGGUUUGGUAUGUCAGAACUAUGGUGGCCUUUACAGACGUCCACGCGGAAUGUAUUUUAGUGCUAAGGAUAAAGGAGAAAUGAUGUCUAUGAUCUAUAAUUGGCCAGCUAAGCAGGUUGACAUGAUUGUCAUCACCGAUGGGAGCCGUAUUUUGGGACUUGGUGAUCUUGGAGUUCAAGGAAUUGGAAUACCCAUUGGAAAGCUUGACAUGUAUGUUGCUGCUGCCGGCAUGAAUCCACAAAGGAUACUGCCAGUCAUGCUUGAUGUAGGUACCAACAACCAAAAGCUUCUAGAAGAUAAUCUUUAUUUAGGACUACGGCAACCCAGGCUUGAAGGAGAUGAAUAUUUAUCCAUAGUUGAUGAGUUCAUGGAAGCUGCAUAUUCACGCUGGCCAAAUGUGAUUGUGCAGUUUGAAGACUUCCAGAUGAAAUGGGCUUUUGAAACACUUGAGCGUUAUCGCAAAAGAUUUUGCAUGUUCAAUGAUGAUGUGCAGGGAACUGCUGGUGUUGCUUUAGCUGGCCUACUUGGUGCUGUAAGGGCACAAGGUCGACCUCUCAAGGACUUCGUAAAUCAGAAGAUUGUUGUGGCAGGAGCUGGAAGUGCAGGGAUUGGCGUACUUAAAAUGGCCAAGCAAGCAAUGGAGAGAAUGCAUGGAGGCAAUGCAAAUGUAGAAGCAAGCCGCCAAUUCUGGGUUCUUGAUAAACAUGGUCUUAUCACAAAAGAACGGAAUUACAUUGAUCCCGCUGCUGUUUCUUUUGCCAGAGGCACUGGUCCAGGUGAGGUUGAGGGACUCAAGGAAGGGGCUAGCCUCGUAGAAGUGGUUAGAAAGGUGAAACCUGAUGUGCUUUUGGGAUUGUCAGGAGUUGGGGGUAUAUUUGAUGAGGAGGUCCUCAGGGCCUUGCAAGCUUCCGAGUCACCUCGGCCUGCAAUAUUUGCAAUGUCAAAUCCUACAUCAAAUGCUGAGUGCACGCCCACAGAUGCAUUCAAAUACGCCGGAGAAAACAUAAUUUUUGCUAGCGGGAGCCCAUUCGAUGAUGUUAAACUUGGGGAUGGAAAAGUAGGGUAUGUGAAUCAAGCAAAUAACAUGUACUUGUUCCCUGGAAUUGGUUUAGGAGCACUUCUUUCGGGUGCUCACCUUAUUUCCGAUGGCAUGCUUCAAGCUGCAGCUGAAUGUUUGGCCUCGUACAUGACUGAAGAAGAUAUUCAUAAAGGCAUUCUUUUCCCUUCUAUUUCAAGCAUUCGACACAUUACAACGCACGUUGGGGCAGCUGUACUCCGUGCUGCUGUUGCUGAAGAUCUUGCUGAAGGCCAGGGUGAUGUGGGCAUCAAAGAACUAAUGCAAAUGUCUCAGGAGGAAACCAUGGACUAUGUUGCUCGCAGUAUGUGGUACCCUGUCUAUAGUCCUCUUGUUCAUGAGAAAUGAACUCCAUAUUUUUCUCCAGAAGAAAUCAUAAUUAUUCAUUCUGGUAAGUAUAUUUUUCAUAAAACAUGAAACAAUUUAUAAUCUCAGCAUAUCAUUUGAAGAGUUGUUAUGACACUGUUAACAAUGAUAAAAAUGUUCCUUUUUUUUUUAUUUUCUUCUAGUUGAAACU